AUGUCCUUUUUUGUGAAAGUGCUUGUUACUCAACAGACACUUUUGAUAUACUUUGUAGGUCUAGGGGUUGAACUCUCAAGUCAAUUGGUGAUUACCUCGGUGACGCCUGGAGGAAAAGCGGACAAUGCUGGUGUAAAAGCCGGUGAUAGAGUAGUUAACUUGAAUGGUAUUGACGCUGCACAUUUGAGUCUUAUCGACGCUGCGUACCUGAUGCGAAGAGAACAGUCUGAUGUAACUCUAAUGCGAGUUGAUCCCGAAGGAGAUGAAAGAAAUGUCACUUUACAACCGGACACUAUUCAAGUCCCCAUUUAUGAGAACAUGCCCUAUUAACCCCUUCGCGUAAUUACUUCACCAAGUGAGUAUUCUCCAGUGCUCUUCAGACCCGCCUGUCCAAUUCAGAGACAAUAUGCUGGCACUAAUAUUCCCAACACCCAUAUCUGCAAUUGCCACAAGGCAGAAAAUCGAGUAUUCCAACCAGAUGGUGAGUUUGUUGGACAACGUACUUCGUCACAUUUUCUCAACAUUGAAGAGGACGACAGUCCCAGUGUUUAUCGAGAUGAAUGGAAUGGAAAUAUUGAAACGCGAGUAGUCAGCAUUCAGAAACAUCCAGUAAUUGGAACGGGGAUUCGCAUUACUGGUGGCAAUGCUGUGGGAAUUUUUGUAUCUGAGGUCAAUUCACAAUCACCAGGAGCUGAUGUUGGUUUAAAACCAGGUGAAGAAAUAAUCUCGAUAAACAAUGAACCCGUCAAAUCUCUGACCAAAGCGGAAGCAGCUGCGAAGAUUCUUAAAUCCCAGUGUCUAGUAGAACUCGAGUUGAGGUCAUCUCAUACAAAAUAUGAGGCUUUUAUUAAUGGAAACCUGGGUCCAGGUGAUGAUUUCUACGUUCGAGCUUCAUUCAAUUACAAACCGUGCAUAAUGGAGGCGAAUAGCCAUCGAUCAAUCGACUCAUCAAUACCCAUUUCAGCACUUCCCAUUUCUUCCGGUGAUAUUUUUCACGUUACGGAUAGUCUUUUGGGAGGUUCUUUCACUUCCUGGCUGGCUCGCAAAGUUUCUCCUGGUGUUUCGGAUCUAGGAAGUAUUCCAAGUUAUGAAAAGGCUGCCCAACUUCUGAAAUCUCAAAUAUCAUCAACAUGUUCCACCGACGAAUCGAAGCUCUACCUCCGAGUUGUGCAGUUGGACAGUUAUCCAUAUCCUAGGCCGGUUAUUAUCUACGGACCUCUUGCAGAUAAAGCGAUGCGUUUGCUAGUAGAAGAGGUAUCUACAAUUGAAGACACCGAUGGAGAACCACGUUUUGAGGCUCCACCAAUAUCUGGAGCACCACCACAACAAGAUGAUAUCUUCUCUUGUUCCCUCAGUUCAACAAGUCCAGGUGUCAUCCGGCUUAGUGCUAUCCAAGUAAAAUAA